AUGACUGUAAAUGAUCGUCAACGGCUUCGUGUAACCAUCAUAGGUGCCGGAGUAUCCGGGAUUUCGAUGGCCUACAAACUUGAGAAGCAUCUCAAAGACUAUGUCGAGAUACAGAUUCUUGAAAAGUCACCAGAACUUGGCGGGACAUGGUUCGAGAACAAAUAUCCAGGAUGCGCAUGCGAUGUCCCUAGUCACUGCUAUCAGUUCAGCUUCGCGCCAAAUCCCGAUUGGUCACGUUAUGCUUCAUCCCAAGAGAUUCAAGCCUAUCUCGAUGGUGUAGCACGCCAUUUUGAUCUGCGCAAGUUCAUCAAGUUCAACACAGUCGUAACUAAAGCAGAGUGGUCAGAAGACUCCGGCACCUGGUCCGUAGACACCGCGGAUGGGUCAAGGCUCAUAUCCGAAAUUCUCGUCAACGCCAGCGGCAUUCUCAACAACUUCCAAAUGCCAAACAUUGAAGGAUUCGAAACUUUUGCCGGGCCCGUGCUUCAUACCGCCAACUGGGACUCAUCCGUUAAUCUCAGCGGUCGACGAGUCGGCGUCAUUGGAGCGGGCGCGAGUUCCGUUCAACUUCUCCCUGAAAUCCAAACAGAAGCCAGAGAGAUCAGCGUCUUCAUCCGGACACCCUCGUGGAUCUCUCCGCCGUGUGCCCUGCCGGAGGCCAAUCGUCCGGAGCACACCUAUGGCACAGACGAAAAGAAGGCGUUUCGAGAUGACGAAAGGGAGUAUCUCGAAACCAGGAAAGGUCUAGAGUCGCAGUUCAAUGGGAUGUUCCAGGCCUUCUUCAAGGCGAACCCAGAGCAGAGAGAUUUGCGUCAGCGGUUCGAGACAAGGAUGAGAAGUCUGAUUCAGGGCAAAGCCUUGCAGGACCAGCUCGUUCCCAAAUUCGAAGCAGGCUGCCGACGGAUCAAUCCCGGCGAGAGGUAUUUACUCACUUUACAGGAGCCAAACGUCGAGCCGGUGUUUGACGGCAUUGAGAGAAUUACGUCGAGCGGUAUUGUCGCGGGUGGCGUCGAGUACCCAGCCGAUGUUUUGAUUGCUGCCACAGGCUUCAACACUUCGUUCCGACCACGUUUCCCCAUCCUCGGCCGCAACGGCGUCAAUUUGCAAGAUCUCUGGGCCGAUGAGCCAACGUCAUACUGUGGUACAGGCGUCUCUGGGUUCCCCAAUUACAUGGUUUUCCUAGGACCUAAUACACCCAUUUCCAACGGAAGUCUCAUGGGCCCCAUCGAAGCGACGGGCGACUACUUUGUCAGAAUCCUCUCUAAGGUUGUCAGACAGCGGGUCAAAUCCUUUGACGUGAGACCAGAGGCGCAGAGCGACUUUGAUAAGCAUACCCAAGAGUUCAUGAAACACAUGGUGUGGACGGGCACAUGCCGCAGUUGGUUCAAGAAGAACAUCACAGGAAAAGUCAGCGCCCUCUGGCCAGGAAGCUCCCUCCACUACAUGCAAUGCUUAGCCGAGGACCGGUGGGAAGACUACGAGUGGCGUUACGACAGGGAGAGGUACUCGUACUGGCGCGAGGGCUUCUCCUGGAUCGAGCAGCCCGAAAAGGAUCCGCUAGGCAUAGAGCAGCGGGAAUAUGCGACGUCCAUGACGACCAUUGCGAACAGGUUCUCUGAUCUCAGCUUCUACCUGCAAAAGGCUGAGUCUCUUCCGCCAGGCGCGGUUGCGUUUGUGCCUCAGGCUCUUGAGCAGAAGCAGCCGAGUGUUAUGGUUCCGGUCUAA